GCAGCCCCGAAGCCUACGACGAUCAAAGAAGCCCUCAAAUUAUGGGAGGAGAAACAUCCUGGUGAAGAUCCAGCUGAGGCAAGAGAGGUAAAAUUGAACGGGGUAUUUCCACCGAUAGAGAAGAUGGACACAACUUUGGGAACUUUGACAAACGUGGAAAAAUUAUCUCUGUCGACCAACAUGAUAGAUAAAAUUUCUGGACUACAAGGACUCAGUGAGUUAUUCCUAACCAUCCUAAUAUAA